GAAACUAUUUAAACUCGCGGUAUUUUUUGAUCUUUUUCUGCUUUUUUCCCUUUUCUUUUUUUCUUUGUCUUUCCCCCUUUUUUUUUUCUUUCUUUUGUCCCCUCAUCUUCAUUGCCUUUGUUUCGAGUGUUGGACUAUUAUCCUUCAUUCUUAACACCUUCAUUACAAGAACCAUUGCUUAGCACAAUGUAAUGUAGGCAUAAAGGUAUCGCCCUCGUUUUUUUCUUGUAAUUGUAAAUAACCAUUGCUUAGCACAAUUUACAAUGUUACUUGAAAAAAUGACUUUUUCCAUAGCGUAAGUAAGGAGAUCCCGCUAACUCAUUAGACGGAUUUGCUGAAGAAAACCUAGGUUAAAGUCAUGUUGUGGAGUAGGAACUUGGACAGCACUGACUAGUGUCUCCCUGUGAUCUCUGUCAACCCACUAUCCUUUUUUUUUUUUCUAUGUAUCCCCUUCGUUAUCCAUUUACUCCCCGCCGCAAUCAUCCUCCCCACUACGACUUCCUACGACUUCCUACGACUUCCUACGACUUCCUACGACUUCCUACGACUUCUUACGAUUUGGUGGUUGUUAUAACGCCAAAAAGAAAGUGUGUGAUGCACUUCUUAUUCAUCAUGAUGAUUCCCAUCCUUGUACAGAUGCAAAUGGCGUUCCAUGAUUUAUUUGAUGGAAUGGGUUUUUGUAAAGCUGAUACCUUUGGAGCUGGCCAAGACACCUUCUUUGACUUGGAGCAUAUAUCUGAAUGAAUGUUUUUUCUAUAGAUCUCUUUAUGAUACUGUUUAUAUAUAUUUCACUAGUUUAGUCUCUAUUAUCUUUUUUUUUUUGAAUAAAAAUCA